AAAAUGGCGGCUUGCUUCAAAUGAAUGAGCUACGGGCAAAAACACAACAAAGGUGUUUGCGAAGACAUGAACAAACGGUGAAAAUAAAGUAUUAGUGGAGCAGUGCUAAGCUACGGAGCAUCCAGGAGGCAGUUAGUAUCAUAAUGUUCACCGGAAGUUGCGCCGUCGCUGCUGUUUCAGUGAACAAUGACAGAGCCGAGGACACAUGCUGCUGCUGCUGAGUUCACUGAGCUGUGGAGGAGUGUGUCCAAACUUAGCCACAACAAAACACAGGAUAAGACAAAUGGACAGCAGAUGCCUGGUACAUCAGCAUCUACAAUGUGUAAAGAUUUGCAGAGUCCUAAUCGCAGAGGCUACAGCAGAUACCCCGGCUUGAAUAAUGGGGAUUCUCCAGGUGAUGUGGAACCAUCGCAAGACAUUAUCUGGGAUCCCACGUCACCCACCCUCGCUAACACUGGGUCGAGACUGAGGAACACCAGAGUUGUGGAAAUAUCAGAUAUUGUCAACCGCAUUGCCCCGAAGGAUGUGAAACGGAAGGGGACUGAAUCUCCUCUGCUGCAGUGGAUAGAUGACAGCGCUGUCCCAUGCACGCCGGAUGUUCCAAAGCCAAGAGGCAGGAAGAAGUCCUCUCGGCAGAGCAGUGUGGACGACCUCAUGAAACUUGCCAGGCAGUUUGACGAGAACAUGCAGCAAGACAGGGAGACUUCCGAACAGCUUAACACUGUCAACAGUAACCUCACAGAAUGUGUGAACACUUCCAAAACCAAACUGACAGAGACAUCAUUCCUUAACACUGUGAAGGACCUAAGGUGUCCAUCCUCGUCAGAUCAGGUGGAGGCGGAGCUGCACGCUCUGUUCGACUGCUCCACUCAGGCAGUGAGCGGCCGGCUAAGCCAGGGCUCCACAGCAUCAGCCCAUUCACAGGAAGUAAAACACCAGCAUUUGACUUCGACUUUAGCUGAACCUCGACAAUCAGGGCUCAAGUCAGCUGACAAGUCUGCCCCAGCUGCACAUCCUGCAGAAGAAAAAGGAUGUUGUGGUUCUAGUGCCAACAAUUGUGAUGACUUUGAUGACGACUGGGAGAAUGAUGACCUGCUUAAUGACUCCCUUGUGCUGGCGAUGACCCAGAAUCCUGACCAACAACAUGACACCGACACUAAAACCACGUUGCAGUCUAACCUUAAGACAAACACUACUCAGAUCACCUCUGUGUUCAAGCCUACUGCAAAUACAAACUCUGCACAUCAGCCGUCAAACUCCAAGCCAAGCUGCAGUGCACUCCAGGAACUGUGUCCCAAGCCAAAGACUACCAACCGAAGCACUUUCAAGUUAGAGCCCAACCCUCACUUCCAUCCCAAGACAGCCGCCAAGGACGUUUCCAAGUCCAGCUUUACUGUUCUACAAUCUAAAUCAAAGAUGUCUGACCAGAAAUCUGCCACCACAAAGACACUGUCUAUUCCUAUUCCCAACAAGAUCACUAAUGAUCAUAAGGGGAGUCACACAGCUGCAGACUCUGGUAAAGACAUUUCAGACAGCUUAUGGGAUGAUGGGGACGAUGAUGCGCUGCUCUACCAGGUAUGUGACAGCGUGGAGAGGAUCUCCAACAGUCAGCCGCAGCGAGCGAGCCCCAGCAACUGCCAAGAAAAACAAGAUUUUGCUGUGGACAGACAGCGAAAACCCCCUGCGCCUCUGCCAAUCGACACGUCGCAGUCCACAAACACCAGUGCCAGUGCUAAUAGACAGUUGCCAUGUGCUUUUGUUCGUUCUAACUCAUUACCGGGGACCGGCAGAGAAACUGUGAACUUCCAAGGAUGGAACAUUCCCAUGAAAGGUGCCAACAACAAAUCAGGGAUGUCUCAGAGCCUCCCAGGAAGCCAUGUGAGUCUGGGCACAUUUAACCAGUGCAGGGAUUCCUCUGGAACUUUCCAGGCUGGGAAUGUGGAUGUGAAGCCACAUACAGUGACAGCCAGGGCGCCGCAGAACUCCAAGUCCCAUCACACGGCCUUCAAGAGAAACCUAUCUGACUCAGCGGCUAUAAGCAACAAAGUUUUUGUCACAAGCCAGAUGACAUCAAAGUGCUCUGCAGCCGAGAUCGAGAAGAAGAAACAAGAGGCCUUGGCCAGGAGGCGACUGCGAAUGCAGAACAUCCCAAAACCAUAGAGGAGCUUCGUUCUGACUGAAGGGAUCUCAUUGUACUAUAAUGAGACUUUACAAAACUCAUCAUUCCACACCAGUGUUUCAGCCGCCUCCUUACUAAGAUGUUAUAGAUGAUGAUAUCAAGCUGGUGUUAAGACCUCACUAUUUCAGAUUUAUCACAGAAAGGAUCUGGUGUCUAUUAAAAAGAAGUAAAUACCUGCUGUAAAAGCUGCUGGAUGUUCCUGCUGAAGGAACAUGUUUAUGUGAAGUGAGUUUAAUGCACAGAUUUAUGUCUCAGAUCAGGUGCUGGGGUAACGUUAAAGAGAUUUUCAUUUGCCUUUUUUCACAUUUUAAUUUUGUAAAAUAGUUUACAUCCACUUGAGUUAGAAAUUAUCAUAAAUGCUGAAUAAACUUUUGUGUUUUCCAGCAUCAUCAUUUCAGCUCUGCACAGAUUUUGCUGUUUUUUUCUUUUGCUUAAAAGUAGUAAAUUGUCUCAUCUUAGUGUGCCUUCUCAAACUGUAACAGCAAGGGCUGACAGACAUUAUAACACGAGUUGAUGUUAUCCAUCACACAUUGGUGUCUGUAAUUUACACUGAAGGCAGUGAUAAAACAGAUUUUUGUGCCUGCACCUUCUAUUGAUGCAUACUUACAGUAUUGCUCCUACUUUAUAAUGAGAAGAGCAUUUGUUUAGUUGAUGCAAAUUAACACCAUGUUGUAACACAAUCUAAAACCUUUGCUUAGGGCCAAAUAGCUGAGAAAAUGACAUGUCUUUACUAUACACAGCAGUUUUUGUUUUGUUAGUAUUCCUUGUUUGUAUUUUUCCAUGUCUUGUCCAGCAUGUCACACUUUUUUUUUUUCGAUUUUGCACAGAAUUAAGUGUCAGACUGUAAAGACGGUGUCACGACCGGCAUAAUUUUAGACAGGUGAGACAACAAUCAGAUAAAAAUGUUGGUCACCACUUUGUUUCUACUCUUAUUCCUGAGUAUGUGACAACAGAUUUGACUCCAGCCUCUGUUACUUCACAACAACAUGAUGGACUUGGCUGUGUACAUUGACCUAAUUUAACAGUCAUGAUGUGUGUGCCUUGUAUGACCACUUUUCCACUUUUCUAUGUUUUUUCUGUCACCUGCCAGACCUGCAACAAAGCAAUAAACAUUUGAGACUGAAUAAA